UCUCUGCUUGGCUAGGUGUUUCUCCUCUUGGCUGUGCGAAUGUCCCUCUGCUUCAUUACACGUCUCUCCGCUCCUUAGGAUCUCUUGCCGUGCACUACCCCAUGGUUCAGUUUAUCUCGCAAACAUAAUCCAUAGUCGAGCUCUGUAAUGUUGCAAUAGUAAUCCACGGUCCAGUUUGAAGGCGCCGCGAGGUAAUAUACGUUCGAUAUCCAUCCAUGGCGCCGAAGCGAGAGCGCGUUAGCCGUUCAGGCGAGCCGGCGAGGCGAGUGACCCGGUCGUCGAGCUUGCAGGAGGAGGGGGAGCACGAGGACGCGCGGGACGCGCGGGAGGUAGAAGAGGUAGAGGAGAUAGAAGAAGUGGGAGGUGAGGUAGGACGACGCACGCGAAGGAGCGGAGAGGCAGACGGAGCAGAAACGAACGGCUCCGAUGGUAGUAGGACGCGUCAGAGCAAGCGGCUUAGGAUGGGAGGCGCAAGUGGCGGCGGUAUACCCGCGUCGCAGCCGCCUGUUGACGUGGUGAAGCGAGAGCGAGCCGCGGGUGCGGUGAAGCGGGAAGUUGACGUGGCCAGACGCCAGGCUGAGGUGGUGAAACGGGAGGCUGACGUGGUGAAGCGGGAAAAGAUCGCUCGCGCCGCUCGUCUUAAUAAGGGCAAAGAGAAAGUCGUUGAGAGUGAUGGCGGUUACGACGCUAGGGAUUACCAUGCCGAGGCUGGCGGUUACGCUCGGGAUUCGCAGGCUGCCGGACCUAGCACGCAGCCUCGCGCUCGGGGGCGUGCCGAGCCUGGGGAAGAUGCGGAGGUUCCAGUGACGCCGUCUGGCAUGGGGGAGGGUCGGGACGGACCUGGAGGCACGCCCACGCAGACAAUGCCGACACGCCGCGAGGCGACAACGGCGAUAGUGCUGACUACUCCGCGAGCCAUGCCACGAGGCGUCGACGGGUUCCAGCCUGGCAACAUCCUAAUGGUGCAGGUCCGCCACUUCAUGACCUACGCAUCCAUCUCAGCGCGCCCCUCGCCCCGCCUGAACCUCAUAGUGGGCCCCAAUGGGUCGGGCAAGAGCUCGCUUGUGUGCGCCAUUGGGCUCGGGCUGGGCGGCGAACCCAAGAUGCUGGGCAGGGCGGCGCACGUGGGCGAGUUUGUGCAGCGGGGGGAGUGCAGUGCGGAGAUCAACAUAAAUCUGCGGGGAGAUGCGGCGGGGGAGGAGGUGCAGGUCACGAGGCGAAUCAGCAGCGAGAACCGCACCGAGUGGUUUCUCAACGGGCGGGGUGCGCGGCGGGAGCAGGUGCUGGAGUGCAUGAAGCACUUCAACAUCCAGAUCUCCAACCUCACUCAGUUCCUUCCCCAGGACCGUGUGUGUGCGUUCGCGGGCAUGUCGCCGAUCCAGCUGCUAGAGGAGACACAGAGGGCCGUGGGCGACCCCCAGCUGUCCCAGCAGCACACCUUUCUCAAGGACCAGCAGGACGUGGUGGUGAACCUGGAUGCGACAUUGAAGUCCCAUGAGGAGCAGCUGAGCAAGCUGCAGAAGGAGAAUGCAGAGGUGGAGCAGGAUGUGGAGAAGGUGCAGCGGAGGGAGGCCAUUUUGAAAGAGGUGGCGCUGAUGAAGAAGAAGGCCCCGUGGCUCAAGUACGAGCGGGUGAAGGCGAGAGUGAGGGAGAUGGAGGGGGAGGUGCAGGCGAGGCACAGGGAGAGGGACGCGCUGCAGACGCAGGUCAUGGCAGCCAAGGACCCUCUCGUAGUGCUGAAGGAGAGCCGGGCGGGGUUUUCAUCUCUGGUGGCGAAGAUAGGGAAGGAGAACGAGGCGCGGGAGAGGAAGCUGCGGGAUUUAUCAGAGGAGAGCGACCACCUGGUGCAACAAGCGGUGGAGCGGGAGAGGGACAUAGUGGAGACGAGGCGCAAGGCCGUGACCAGAGAGCAGCGGCUGGCGAAGGCGCAGCAGGAGCUGCAGCAGCUGCAGGCGCAGCUGACCGGCCUGCCUGAAGUGAAACCGCCCAAGGCGGAGGUGGAUCCGUUGUCGAAGCGGGGGAGGGAGCUGCGGAUGCAGGCGGGGGAAAAGGAGAGGGAGGCGCGGCAGGUGGAGCAGCAGCUGAGCGCGCUGAGGGAGCAGCUGCAGCGCGUGGAGAAGCGCAUUCACGAUGUGACCAACAGCCGCCACCGGCGCAUACAGAGGGCGGGCGACCGGGAGCUGAUGCAAGCGUGCGAGUGGCUGGACCACAACCGCGCGCAGUGCAAGGGCGCUGUGUAUGGGCCCAUUCUGGCUGAGGUGAACGUGAUUGACCCCGCCGCCCAUGCAGCCUUCCUGGAGCAACACGUGGCGGGGUGGGUGUGGAAGGCCUUCGUGACCACAGUCUCGGAGGACCGGGAUCUGCUUGUGCGCCACUUAAAGCCCCUGGGCAUGGCAGUGGUUAAUGAGAGCAGCCGACCGGAGGAGCUGGGACCACCUGCACAUGCCAUGGCAGUGGAUGCACAUCUGCAGCGCCUGGGUGUGACGCACCGCCUGGACGAGGUGUUCAACGCGGCGCCCGUGGUGCGCAGCGUGCUCAACCAGCAGUCGCAGCUCUUCCGAUCCUUUAUCGGGUCACGCGACGCUGACCGCCAUGCGGAGGACAUACAGGGCCGGGGCGUGGAGGACCUGUGGACGCCCGACAGCCACUACCGCUGGCAGCGGUCACGCUACAACGGGUCUGUGUCCGCCAGCAUGCACGGCGUGCGCGCCUCCCGCUUCUUCGCUGAAGAUUCGGGGCUGCAGGAGGAGGAGCAGCUGCAUGCGGAGAAGGAGAGGGUGGAGGCGAGGGGCAGGGAGGUGCAGGAGCGCAUGCAGGCGGUCAAGAGGGAGCAGCGGGCGCUUGAAAACGAGGCCUCACAGUGCGAGAGACAGCGGGAGGAGAUUGUGAAUCGGUACAUGGGCCAGAAGAAGCAGCGAGAGGACGUCCAGAGCCGCAUUCUCCAGAAGCGCGAGCUGGUGGCGUCUCUGGGGCGCAGCGAGGACAUGGAGGAGAUGGAGAGGCGGGCGAGGGCCGACAUUGCAAACAUCAUGGACAGGCAGCUGGCCAACGCCAAGAAGACGCAUAAGCACCUGCUCGGCCUGUGGCAGGAGAAGCGCCGUCUCUCCUCCCUGCAACUCGCAGUAGACGAGCUCACCUUCCUGGUGCGGGAGCGAGAGAGCGAGUUCAAGGACCUGGACGAGCAGCUGCUGAGGCUGCAGCAGGAGGUCAUGCGGGAGGAGGAUCGUCUGCAGGCAUCGAAGCAGGAGGUGGGCGCAGCACUGGCAACGGCGAGAGCGGCGGUGGACCUGAGGCGAGACGAGGAGGCCAAGAGGCUGUUUGAAACGCUGCCCGACUCCCUGGAGGAGCUGCAUGAAGAGGUGGAGGAGCGCACUGGGCAGGCGAACCGCAUUGUGUGCCCCAACCCCCACGUGCUGCAGCAGUUCCAGGAGCGCCAGGAGCAGAUCCGCAGCAUGCAGGGCAAGGUGGAGAGCGAGAGCCAGCGGCUGGAGGAGCUCAAGGCGGAGGUAGAGAGGGUGCAGGGCCAGUGGCUGCCGCGCCUUCGCUCAUUGGUCGUGCGCAUCAACGAGGCCUUCUCAAGAAACUUCCAGGAAAUGGCUGUCGCUGGCGAGGUGGCUCUAGAUGAGAAGGGGGCUGACUUCCGCUCAUACGGCAUUCGAAUCCGAGUCAAGUUCAGGGAGAGUGCGGAGCUGCAGGACCUCAGUGCUCACCACCAGUCAGGAGGGGAGCGCUCUGUGUCCACCAUUCUCUACCUCGUAUCGCUGCAAGACCUCACCCGGUGCCCCUUCCGCGUGGUGGACGAGAUCAACCAGGGCAUGGACCCCACCAACGAGCGCAACAUGUUUCAGCAGCUGGUUAGGGCGGCCACUCAUGACCACACGCCGCAGUGCUUCCUGCUGACCCCUAAGCUCCUUCCGGACCUCGACUAUGGCGAGUCGUGCACGGUGCACUGCGUGAUGAAUGGCCUGCAUGCAGCCCCACUGGCUGCCACUAACGGGUUCAAGGAGGGCGGACCUCUAUGGGACUCACUGCAAGAGAGUGCUGCUGCCACUUAGCACAUUGACAAUUCCUGUAUUGUAUGAAGGCGCACGACACAACUCCCUAUUCCGUACUCUUCCAUGUAGCAAGUUGCUGUAUAUGUUCUGGUCCAUUAUGUUCAGUUGGCUAGAGAAACUAGGAUAGCCUCUUAGCUAGUUCCAUAUCAGUGCAGUUGAUUUGUUUUUCAUAUUUCUUAUAUUUCCAAUGGUUCAAAACGGUGACGG